AGGGCACGUUUGGCCAGCAGCAGCCCUGUUUGUUUGUGUGUGUGUGUGUGUGUGUUUUCUGGAGGUGAAUUUGUAUGAUUCUGGUGGACAACGCGGCGUGACGUCACAAGUCUGCGCCGCGCUCCUGCAUCUGUGAUCGGAAGAAAGAGUGUACAAACACAGAAACAUGGCGUUUAUUAAAGAGGAGACUGAAGGCUUGAGGAUUGAAGAAGUAUUCAGUCUCAAACAAGAAGAUACUGAGGAACAGACAGAGUUGAUUGAAGACAAAGAGGAUAAGGAGGAAUUGAGUGAAGUUGAGGAUAUAAAUCAUGUAUCAAAAAUCAAAAGUGGAGAAAAACCCAAACAGAAAGAUUUAAAGAAAAGCAGGGCCAAGAAAUCUUUCACCUGCACUCAGUGUGGAAAGAGUUUCCCAUGCAAAUAUAAUUUUGAUGUUCACAUUAGGGUUCAUACUGGAGAGAAACCGUUCACUUGUGAUCAGUGUGGGAAGAGUUUCACACGCAAAUAUCAUCUGGAGCUUCACAUGAAAGUUCAUACUGGAGAGAAAACGUUCACUUGUGAUCAGUGUGGAAAGAGUUUCUCACGCAAAUAUAAUCUUGAUGUUCACAUGAGAUUUCAUACUGGAGAGAAACCAUUCACCUGCACUCAGUGUGGAAAGAGUUUCUCAUACAAACACACUCUUGAGCUUCACAUGAGAGUUCAUACUGGAGAGAAACCGUUCACCUGCACUCAGUGUGGGAAGGGUUUCACAUGCAAACCUCAUCUUGAGUUUCACAUGAGAGUUCAUACUGGAGAGAAACCAUUUACUUGUGAUCAGUGCGGGAAGAGUUUCUCACAAUCAUCAACCCUUAAGAAUCAUAUGAACAUCCACACUGGAGAGAAACUGUACGUAUGUGAUCAGUGCGGCAAAACAUUUUUGUGGGCUACAAACCUGAGGACACACCUGAGAGUUCAUAGAAAGGAGAAGCCACAUUCAUGUCAUUUGUGUGGAAAGAGUUUUUUAUUACUACGAGGUUUGAAAGAACAUCUGAAAAUACACGCUGGUGUGAGAGAGUACAUGUGCUUUGAGUGUGAAAAGACUUUUACUUCAGCGACCAGUUUAAAACUGCAUGAGAGGAUCCACACUGAAGAAAAACCUUACAAGUGUUCACACUGUGACAAGAGAUUCACUCAGUCAGCACAUUUGAAAACACAUGAGAGGAUUCACACUAGAGUAAAACCUUACAAGUGUUCACACUGCAACAAGAGCUUCAAUCAGGCUCAUCUGAAAACACAUGAGAAAAUCCACACUGGAGAGAAACCGUAGCACUGAAUUGCUGCCCAAAUGCAGUGCAAUCUUUCUUCUGCUCUACACACAUACAAAAAGACAUCACCGUAAGUAGAUCAUCUUCAGAUCCAGCAUUUUCAGAUCUGAUGCUGCGUCCUCAACAAAUGUGACACAAUAAUGCAUCAAGCAAUAAAAUAUUAUCUGGAUAAAUCUGUCAUAUACAAUAUAUAUUUCUUGCUGAGCAAAUAUUUUCUCUAUUGGGUGGACAUUUCAACCACCUGAGUAAAAGCAUUAUGUAUACCAGACCUGUACAGCACACACACACACAAAAGUGUGUAACUUUUACCUUUAAUGUGCUAUUUAUAUUUGAUUUGACCUUGAUGUAACUAAAUGAUGUACAUUUUAGGCCAUUCAAAAGU